UUUUUAUAUUAAAUGGAAAGGAGGCAAACCCAUUGAUUCCUAUAGAACGAAUCAGCACCGUCCGUUCAUCUGCCCGGUGAUGGCGAACCACCCCCUCUCCGCCGGAAUAAGACGUUUUGUGUUCGGGGCACGAACUCUUUGCAGCACCGUUGCUUCACGCGCUUCGACGUUGCACGCGCCGUUAUUGCGCAAGCUCAAGUCCCCAAAGCAGAAUCCAUUGCUGGUGCUUCAAAAUUGGGUGGACGAAGGCAACAAUGUUUCACCCUCCCAGUUCAGAAGCAUCGCCAGAACCCUAGUCAAAUCGAAGCGCUACCACCACGCCCUUGAGUUAUUUAAGUGGAUAGAAAAUCAGAAGAAUUUCCGUAUGAUCCCAGUUGAUCAUGCUAUGAAAUUGGAGUUAAUCAUUGAAAAUUAUGGUUUAAUGGAAGCUGAAGAAUAUUUUAUGAAUCUACCUGACUCGGCUGCAAAGAAGGCGGCUUAUCUCGGGCUUCUUCGUGGAUAUGUAAGAUAUAGGGAUACCACUAAGGCUGAGGCUUUAAUGGUGAAGCUCUAUGAUUUGGGGCUAGUUGCGAGUCCUCACCCUUUUAAUGAGAUGAUGAAGCUGUAUCUACUGACCUGUGAGUACAGGAAGGUACCCCUUGUUAUCCAGCAAAUGAAGCGGAAUAAAAUACCCUGCAAUGUUCUCUCCUACAAUCUUUGGAUGAAUGCCUGUAGUGAGGAAGAAGGGUACGGGAUUGCUGCAGUAGAGACAGUUUUUAGACAAAUGCAGAAUGACAAGAACGUUGAAGUGGGAUGGAGCAGUCUUGCCACAUUAGCCAAUGUUUACAAGAAAGCAGAGCAACCUAAGAAAGCCAUUCUGGUUCUCAAAGAUGCUGAAAAGAAACUAUCUACAUGUAAUCGUCUCGGUUACUUCUUCCUCAUAACACUAUAUGCUUCUUUGAAGGAUAAGGAGGGAGUCUUGCGGUUAUGGGAAGCUAGUAAGGCAGUUGGUGAAAGAAUCAGUUGUGCUAACUACAUUUGCAUACUAACAUGCUUGGUGAAGCUUGGGGACAUUCUACAAGCCGAGAGAAUCUUCUCAGAAUGGGAAUCUAAUUGUCAGAAGUAUGAUAUCAGAGUUUCUAAUGUUCUUUUGGGUGCAUAUGUGAGGGAUGGAUUAAUGGAAGAAGCUGAAUCAUUACAUCUCCACACAUUGCAAAAGGGUGGUUGUCCAAACUAUAAGACAAUGGAAAUUCUUGUAGAAGGAUAUGUGAAUAGGAAAAAAAUAGACGAGGCUAUAAUUGCAAUGAAAAGAGCUUUGUCUAUGACAAAAAAUUGUCAUUGGAGGCCACCACAUGGACUUAUGUUGGCUAUUGUGGAGAGUUUGGAGAAAGAUGGGAAUCUUGAAUAUGCCAAUAAGUAUAUUACAGAUAUCCAUAAUUUUGGUCUUGCUAGUUUACCAUUGUAUAAAAUAUUACUAAGAAUGCACCUUUAUGCCAACAAACCACCUUUCCAUAUCCUUAAAAUGAUGGAUGAAGAGAAGGUUGAGAUGGAUGAUGAGACACAUUCCAUUGUUAAAGCUUUCACUUUGCCAAAAAAUUCCGAGGUGGAGCGGUAACCUGAAAGUCAAUUCCAUUCUCCGGUUGAUGUCCGUUCCGUGGCUUAUGGUUUGAAAAUUGUGUUUAAAUCUUGAUUGAUGAAGAGUUCCUAAUAGGUUUUGUAUCUAGGAAUAGAGCAAAACUUUAGUUUUUUUUUGGAAAACCGUUAUUCUUAAUGCAAGUUGUUUGGUUUUUCCAUUCAAGGGAUUUACAAUUUAAUUAAAAAACUUGUGCUAUCUCACGAAUGGAUUAGGUUUGAGAUAUAUUAUAGAUUGAUGCUAAAGUGUACUUUAGACUUGUUGGAACUGGUUUACUGCACAGUGAUAGGGUUUGGUGAAAUUAAACUCUAACAUCCUAAUGCCAUGGUGAAUUCGUGUUUUGCUACUUGCCACAUGUUUUACAAAAUACCUUUAUAACUUACAUCAUUUCUGCUUGUUAAUUUAUUUGUUUAUUUAAAUUCGUGCAAAGCAAUUGAAAUCAUAUUUCUCAUGACUGUAGUUAGUGAACGGUGUGUUUAGCAAAGUAUCAUGCGAGUCACCAUAGAGACUAUCACUUACUCAUUGAAUAUUACUGUGCUAAUUGGUAUGCUUGCCAAUCAUACUGAUUUUAUAGGGUUUUAACAUAUGAUCGAAAUGUUAAAUUUUUAUUAUAUGUCUAUUGUAUGAAUAAUAUAUGGCAAACAACCAAGAUUUGCUACACCCAUUGUUUUUAUCUUACCAUUCCAGAUUGCACCAGUUGUAUAAAGGUACAAGGUCAGUCAUGGUGUAGAUAUUUGUUUCUACCAUUUUGUUGAUCACUUUUUUUCUCGAGUUUUCUACCUCCUAGUUCUUUUCACAUUUCUCCUAUUUCUAUAUAGAUGAAUAUUCGUUUUUGUUUUUAAUGUUCAUGCAUAUAUUUAUGAGUUGCACCUCAGCAUUAUUGUCAAGUUGAGGUACACAGCCAAAUGAAAUUCAUUCAAAGAUCAGAGGUGAUAGAAAACUAGAAAGAUUGGCAGAGCCUAGGCAUGAUUGCAGGGCUCAAUGUGACUUUUUGUAGUUUUUGCUGAGCACAGUUUUUUGGGUAGCAUGUUGAAGGUCAAACUGCAAACGAAUAUUAGAUUUGACAAUUUUGGUCUCUCAAUUGUACAAAUUAUUGCUUAGGAUACAUUUUUCUGACGAUGAACUAGCCUUUCCAUCUUUAUAUUGUUUGAAAAGUGUUGUGAACCUUCUAAUCUUUUAUCAUU